AUGUAAUUUGAAUUAGGGGAACACAAAUGGGUUGAUACUAAAAUGACAAAUUAUAAAUUAGAGCUAAAAAAACUAUCUUAAGAAGAUUUAGAGAAUAAAUACGAGGAUAUCGAGCUUGUAGAUAUUAAAAAAUAUAGCAUAGAAUAAUAUCUCAAUUUGUGGCAAUCAGUCGGAAAAAAAUAUAAUUGGAGCUCAAGGAUUAGAUAAUCUAGAGAAGAGAUUAAAUAAAAAGUAUUUGAUAAUCCAAAUGAAAUAGUUUAUGAAAUAAGACACUAAGGAAAGGUAAUAGGAAUAUCUGAAUAUAGAAUUGAAAUAGAUGGUGAAUACGCAGCUUUUAAAGGAGAAAAAUAUGUUGAAAUAGCUUUCUUUGGAUUGACAGAUGAAUUUUAAGGAAAGGGAUUGGGCAAAAAGUCUUUCUUCAAAACAAUUUAAGAUAUUAAGUUGAAUAAAAAAGUAGAUAGAAUCAUUCUUUAAACUUGCUAAUUAGAUUCUGAAGCAGCCCUGCCUUUUUAUUAAAAGUGUGGCUUUGAAGUUUUCAAAACUUGGAAUGAAAUGGAAAAUAUAAUUUAUUAUCCAGAAACAUAAAACAGCUCUAAAAUAUGA